AUGAAAUUUUCCUGCGCGAUUUUCUUCUUUGUACUAACCAUUGCCGCGCAGUUUCAACACAUACGCACCGCUGUUAGCGAUGAGCUCGUCCAAUUUAAGCAAACGCUGGAUGAAGCCUCCGAUGCUUUGCAAGAUGUCGAAGAAUCGCCAGCGCUGAGUGGCAACGCUGAAUUGCAGCAACAGCGACGCAAGUCUAUCGAUGAUCUGCUCCAUAAUUCCCAACUCGACCUAAAUUUGAAUUUAGAGCGCGAGGCGCUCGAUUCGGAGAACGAUUUUAUGCACCCGUUGCAGGGACGCGACACCAAAAGCAACGAAAACAAAAACAACAACGACGAAAUGGCUAAAAAUACCAAAGUCAAUGACCAAUUGAAGGAGUUGGUGCGCGCAAAUUCCCGCUUUCAGAAUCUGCAUAGGCAACUGCUGAAUAGCUUUCACAGCAGCAAUUCGAACGUAAAUACGGACGAUGUGCUGCAAAGAACCAAAGCGAGCAAGGGUUCGAAGAGUUCAAGUAGUUCAGGCACAAAUUCGGACUCAGACAAAGCGUUGACUAAAGAAGAUAGGCAAAAAAAUGUCAGCAAAGAGGAGGAUUCAAAUAAUUACAGCACCUUGACUAAAGGCAGUUACAAUAAAAAUGCCAAUUUCAACAAGGAUAGCAGCUUCAUUUCCAACUUUGAUUGGAAAUCGAACUUGGGCGCUAAGGACAACUUCAACAUCGAUAUGGAUUUGGGUAAAGAUGGUUCUAUUGGUGCGCCGUAUUCACAAACAUUUUCCAAGUUCGACUCGUCGGACAGCGCUAAUGCGAAUUCGAAUCUUAAUAACGCACUUAAGGAUACCGGCCAUGGCUCCAGCGUAGUCACCAAAGCUUAUUUUAACUGUAAGCCAUUGGCGAGCAAUGCAGAGCGUACUAAAUCUGGCGACACUUAUAUGGAAUUCACCUCAGAUCUUCGCGAACCCCAGCCAAAUAAGGAAAGUAAUGCGAAAAGCAAAUUGAAUACCAUCUUACUACUCGAAGCAAACACCUACCGAAAUUCCUUGAAUUCCAAGAAAGAAAUGGAUAACUUGGAGGAGUUGAAUGAGAAGAAAGUCGAUCCAGAGGUACAUAGAAUGAUGCAAAAGGUGGACUUUCCACACUUCAAGCUGGACUUUGACUCCUCAAUGGAAGACUUUGCAAAAAAGUCCAAAUCUGAUUCCACAGACGAUGAUGAACCGAUCAGCUAUGAGAAAACUAUAGAGAACAUACACUUUCCGAGCAUUGUAAAUGAUCAAUUUGAUUUGGGGCGCAAUGAUUUGUCGCAUGAGGCUGACUAUAAGCUUUCGAAAAUAGAGCAAGAGCAAUCUGAACCGCGAAAGAGUCACACGAGCAGUGGUGAGAGAAGCGGUGACAUGCCAGCCUUAGACAAUAAAGUGAAAGUGCCUUGGAAGCGUAGCUCAGGCUUCAACCCAAUGAAUGAAAUUAAAUUAAAGACCAGCACAAGGCUGAUGGCAAAAGGCUUGGGUCCCUCUCUACCCAGCUACGCGCUUUCUGAGACACAGCAAGAGCUUCAACUGGAUGAUGCUGUAAAGAGAUUGGAAAAGAACUUUGAUGUGGACAGUGAAAAUGAACAUAACGAGAACAGUCGGCACGGAUCUUUAGUGUCCCAGGACAUACUCGAUUGGCAGGAGCGAUUGAGGCGGCUCGAAGAUGUGGAAGAGCGCGCAUACGAAAAACUUAUUUACGAUAACUUACCGGAGCUUUCAAAGGAAGAGAAAGACGAAAAAAGUAAAACGGAUGAUGUGAUAUUUUCACCAGCCUACACUAUUCUACGCAAAAGAAGACUGGAGCAGGAACCAUACGAAGACGACAGCAGCGACCUUUUAGAUCCAAUGCACAACAAACGGGUGAUUAAAAACUCCUGCGAAGACGAUCAAAUGCUGUCACAAAAUCUUGAUACCGCUUCGCCAGACGAUGCACUGGCUAUGCAAUGGCCCGAUCUUACGCCGGCGGACAAUAACAAAGCGCUAGCUGACGUGGUACCUGCGCCGGAAGUGUCAGUGCCGGAAAUACCGAUAGAAAAUCAGAAGGACUCAGUGCCCGUUUCAUCGGCUGCAGAUACAUCUGAUUCAGAUAUAAUCAACAAAGUAGCGAGUGCGCGAGUUUUCGAUGAAAAUUUAAGUCAGGCUCUAGAAGAUCCUAUGGCGGAAAAGUCAAAACGAUGUGGUGAGCGGGAUGACAAUUUUAAAACUAAGGAGACAACAGAUGCGAGUGAUAAAGAUGAGGGCGUGGGGACUAUUUCCAAAUUUAGAAGAGAAGCAAAUUCAAAUGGAAAUGCCAACUGCGGUUCGAAGCGGCGCGUCAAACGCAUAGGAGUGCGCAACGAGGCCGGCGAAAUGACCGGAAUUAAGGAGGUGGAUUUGGAUGAACUAUUGGAUUUGAUGACGGUGCAGAAACUGAAGCCAAAGCGGGAGGUGAACGGGAAAGCAAAGGGGGGUGUAGAACAAGAAGGGAAAGUUGAAAGUGGAAACAGGGACGGGCAGGGUGAUGGAAGUGUCAUUCCAGGGCAGAAAGUAUUGAGCAGACGCAGACGUGAAUUGCCCUUAACAAAGAGAGAGGAUUUCAGUGACGAUAAAUUGCAUGUGCUGAACGGAUGCGAAAGAAUGCGUCGCUCUGUGAAUAAAGGACGACAUUUUCGUAGGAGCAGAGAGGUGCGCGAUGCUAAAGGCACGGCGGAAGACACAGAAAAGGAAAGGACAAAUGAUGAAACAUUGAAGGUAAUACAAUCCGCCGAUGAGAAAGACAAUGCAAAUAAAUCAAUUCAAAGCCAGGCGCCGGACGCUAAGAACUCUGAACAUCCGAUGGGUAAACGAGCGGCCCAUAAUGUGGAUGACAUAGCGGAUAACAACAGCGAUAACCGAAAAAUUAUAGAAACUAGAAUGCUAUUGGCAGAUAACAGAAACUUUGCACCAGCGCGAGCGUCUGAAGAGCUUUCGACGGGUCAAAGGGAUGAAUCCCCAAUGAGACAAGGUGAAAACUACAAUGAAGAACGAAGAACCAUAGACCCUGCCUUGUUCGCAGACUAUGGAAACCGAAUGCCGGUUGACCAGCUGGCAGGUCCUACAGCAUCCGGGAGACGAGAAUCUCGCCUCAAAAGCGAUGAUAAUCAAAGAGCUACUGAUACGGCAUUUCGAAGAACUGAACCGCUCGACGACGCAGCUGUUAUUGCGGCGGAUCGUAGAGCGAUGAAUGCUGCACGAGCCGCUUACAUUAGAAGAGAAGGAAGAAAUGGUGCCAACAAUAAAGAACCACUUGAAGUGGACUACAGAGAUCUGAUGGCGCGAUUAAGACGACUCUCACUACGCAAUCGUGAACGCGAGAGGGAGCGAAAGCGGGAGAAAGAACGUGAUUUUAGCAACUCAGUUGGCGAGUUCGGGAAUCAACAGUUCGAUAAUCUUAAGCAGGUCGACCAAUAUGCUCAAAAUUUCGAUGGAAUACCAGUCGAUAAUCUUUGGUAUGGCAAUGAUCCAUGGGAAGAAGAUGGCGAUAACGACAGCACGGACAACGAUAAAAAUACAAAUAAAAAUCAGCCGAAUAAACAACGCACCGCACUGACGAUUAAAAUGGAAAAUGGCGCCAUCAAGAGCAUUGAAAGAAAAGAGGAACCCAAAGGAAAGGAAAAGGACGCGAGUGUGGCGAAUGAGAAAGCCGGAAGCGAAGAAGAGGAAGGCAAUGAUAAUCGGGAGUCCUCACCUUUUGGUUGGUUUGGUAAGAGUAAAAAUAAAGCGAGCAACGGUAAAAAUGCAGAAGAUGGCAUGGUAUUGAAACUGAACGAUCAAGUGCUCAACUGCACAGCGUUUAAUACAUUGGAGGGUUUUCUGAAAUCAGUGCAGCAGCAAAAUAAGGAAGUCAGUGACCGAAAGACUGAUGAGAGUGUAAAUGGCGCGGCUAGCGGUAAUGCUACCGCUAAGAGUCAUAAUGGUAACUGUAUAGACCGGCAAAGCGUUGGGGACCACAAGCAAGGCAGUGGUGGGCAGGGAACCGAGCAACAAGGUGCAAACGGGCACAGACACGGCGCGCAUGAUGGUGUCGGAAGGGGAGGGGGAGGCAAUUGGCCAGCACAUGGAGGUGGUGAACGCGGUGGAGAUGGUCAUAGCGGUAAGGAUCAUGGAGGCAGUAGUGAAAAUGAAGCCGGCGGACAAUCAGCGAAUGAACGUCAAGGUGCUGGCCACGCAGGCGCCACUCAUGGUGAUCAUGGCCGGUUCGGAGGCGGAAGCAAUGGUAUGGGCAAUGACAAAAAAGUAUGUGGUGGAAAUAGUGGCGAUGGUGGCGCUGGAGGUGCUAGUGGCAGUGGGCCCGCUGCGACUAACUUCGGUCCGACCAGCAACGACGGUAAUUCUUCUGAUAAUUUGAGCAUGGAAACAAUUAAUAUGACUGUUGAAAUCCAACCAGUUACGCAGCGCCCAAUGGGUGCAUACGGCCAGAAGGCGAUGAAGCUGAAUAUUACCAUAAAUGCAAGCGUCAUGGGCGAUCAGAAGGCGAAGAACUUUUUUGGCAAUGGCACGUUCAAAGUGCAGAGCGAAGAGCGCGAACGCCGUGGAAUUUCCUUUCCUCAAUUCGCGCCAUUCAAGCGGUAUGCAACAAAGCGAAAGUGUACCAAGCCGAAGGUGAGUUGCGACGAAGCGUCCAUGACCGGGCGGGGAGCUGUGGACGUCAUUACGUCUAUAUUUAAUAUGGCGAAAUGCAAUCCUCAAAUGAAAUCCUUAUGGGCCAGUUUGAAGCACAAUCAACAAUGCAUGAAGAAGGCCCCACCGCAAGAGACCGGCUUUGAGAAAAUGCAAAAAGAUGACGUCAAUCACAUCGAAGACAUGGUUGAGCAGGCCAUGGAGGCCAUCAGUGACAUAAUCGACGACCAAGUAGAGCAACGCUCCUGCAUACCGCUGCCGCCCGAGCUGAAAAUUUUCUACGAGCAGAUUUUAGAUGUCUUUGAGAGUAACUCCGCGGAGGGUGUGCGCGAGAAGCGCGGCAGCCUUGAAAGUCCAUUCGAAGAGUUCAGUAAAGAGGUGCGUCUCAUUGACCCCAAUCGCGUUGAGCAGCGUUCGCGUAUCGUUAAGAAACUGCUACGUGAAUACGACGAUUUACCGGCUGUAGAACAGCAGCAGAUGGUUGGCGUGCGUGAUGAUUUGCUGCAGAACCUCGGAUUUUUGGAAAGCAUAAAGGAGGAGCAGACGCAGAGAAAACGGGAGCAGGCACAACAACAGCAGGUGCUGGAACCACAGCGGGAGGCGGAGCCGGAACAGCAGCGGGCACUGCCGCAACAGGUGCAAGUGCCAGCGAUGACUGAUACUGAAGAAUCUGAGAGUGAAAUGCAAGCCCGACGGCAGCGUGAAUUGUUGAAACAGUUGGAAGAGGAAAAGGCUGACGAUGAAGAGGCGUUAAAAGCAUACAAUCUACCAUACACGCCCGAAUUUUUACGAUUGCUGAAGGCGUCUGAAUUGAUGCAAGAGCAAGACAUAAGAGAAUAUUAG